AUGUGAAAGAAAUUGAUAAAACAGUGGAGACUAGUCAAGCAGUACUGAGACAGGGAGAAAGUAAAGGUCAGCUCGGACUAACUGGAUUACAGUAAUGUAAUAAAUCAGAUACUUGUCUGUCUUCAGCCAAUCAGGGCAGUGUGUGGUAAAGCAUCUAGUGAAGAGAAAUACACAGUCUCUAAAAUCUUUGGUCUUGUUAGCCAGAGAAUUAAAAAUUGAAUGGUAAAGUUUAAGUUUCUUGUUAAGGUUUAGUUAUGCGUAUGUAAUAUGAAUAAUCUGUUGCACCCAGGGAAGCGUUGCCCUUUUGGGGACGUGUAUAGACAUCGAUCGCGAAUUCAUACUUACAUAUUGCAAUUUAUUUUGUAGCAGACACUGUCAGUGUGGGGCCCACUGAGUGUAGCACAGGUGUGUUGGGCAGACAGAGCUUACAGGUGAUGGAGGGAAUAGCUAAUGUUGGUCAACCGGACACAAAGCUGAGAGAAAGCAAAGAAGACGGCAGUACAGGAUCCCACUGGUACUCCAGCAUCUGGAGCAGACAAAAUGUACCCACUGUACAAUCCACAGAUAGAACAGUUAAGACUGAUCAGUCAUGUCCAAGUCAGGCAGAUGUUAAAGAAUCUGGCAGUAUGGCAUCUACUCAGUGUAAUCCAGGCAUGGUGGGUGGGCAGAAUUUACAAGUGAAAGAUGAAACUGUUGAUAGUUGUCAACAGGGCCCAAGGCAGGAGGAAAUCAAAGACACUGUCAGAGUCGGGUCAACUCAGUGUAACACAGGUGUGUUGGGCAGACAGAGCUUACAGGUGAUGGAGGGAACAGUUAAUGUUGGUCAAACUGGCCCAAAGCUGAGAGAACGUAUAGGAUGA